AAGAAACAUCCGGGUAUUGUUGUUCAACAGCAAAAGAAACGGAUGAGAGAAGGAGGUUUACGAAUUUGGUGACUAACAACAGCGAUUUAAUCGGAUAGAUAAUUCAUUUAUUGGAUGACAUGGCGGCAAAUGAUGCCGAAUUCAACGACUGUCUGUCUGGAAAAUUGCAGACAGACCAGGAUCAUCGAAGAGUCGGGCUGGAAAUGACUAAAAAAUCUAAGCGCUCGAAGCAUUCACGCUCCAGAUCACGCUCAGUGGACCGAAAACGAAAGUCAGGAGACAAGAGGCACAGACGAAGCCGGAGCAGAAGCAAAGAGGCACGGAAGAAGGACUCAGAAAAAGCUCUGAAAUGUCGAAGUGGAUUGGAGGAGCAGCAGGAGUUGUCAGAUAAGGGCCGUGAUAGGCUGUCUGAAGACAUGGAGGAGCGACACCGCCGCAAAGACAGGAAGUCCUCCAGGACAAGAAGCAUGUCAAGAUCACGCUCAAGGGAAAGACGACAUCAUAGUCGAAACCGGGACAAAAGAAGAUCUCGCUCACGCAGCGGUGACAGGAGAUCUAGGAGUCGCGAAAAGAAGAGACGGGCCAGAUCUCGAUCAAACUCUAAAAGCAAACACAGACAUCGCAGCAGGAGCCGCAGUAAGAGCAGGGAGAAGAAGAAGAGGAUGGACAAAGUGAGGAGGAAGAGUCGAAGUGGGUCAGUUAGCCCUGUGACCUUCAGGGGCAGAAACACAGCCAUGGAUGCUCAGGAAGCUUUGGCCAGAAGGUUGGAGAGAGCAAAGAAGCUUCAAGAACAGAAGGAAAAAGACAUGCUGGAAAAACAGCAACAAGAGAGAGCAGUAGCAGCAGCUCCACUGUUGUGUGAUACGGUCAGCGCCGCAGCCAGUCCAGCCCUGAACGUCGCUGCGCUGCUUGCCUCUGGCACACAGGUCACACCGCAGAUAGCUAUGGCUGCUCAGAUGGCAGCACUUCAGGCCAAAACGCUGGCAGAGACUGGCAUUGCUGUGCCAAGCUACUACAAUCCCUCAGCGGUCAACCCAAUGAAGUUUGCUGAACAGGAGAAGAAAAGGAAAAUGUUGUGGCAGGGGAAGAAAGAGGGGGACAAGUCGCAGACAGCUGAGCUUUGGGAGAAGCUCAAUUUUGGCAAUAAGGACCAAAAUGUAAAAUUUCGCAAACUGAUGGGCAUUAAAGGUGAAGAUGAAGGUAGUUCAUCAGGAGCAACUGAUGAAGAAGGUCUUAAGACCCUGCAACAGCAGGAGGAGAUGUUCCGCAACCUGGACGUGCAGUAUGAGAUGGCACGCUCGCAGACACACACCCAGAGGGGGAUGGGCCUUGGCUUUUCCUCCUCUUUCUCCUCAAGUGGCAUGGAUGCCGUCUGAACAUUCUGUGUUGUGUAAAUUCUCAUUGGUUUUACAGCCCUAUAGCUGCUUUGUAUGUGUUUGUAGAAAAUGCUGUCGCAUUAGCUUGCAUGGAUAUUGGUUUCAUCAGAUGUCAUUUAUUUAGCGUCCAGGUUCAUCUUGGAAGAAUGCACAUGUAAAUACAGUUGAUCGCUUAAACGUGUUUUGUCACUUGGUCUCUGAAAACUGUGUUUGAUUUUGCCAAGCUUUCAUUGGGAUUUAUGGUUGGGAAUGUGAUUGUAUUUUGUAUUAAAACUGUCUGUUGACAGAUUCUU